AAAAGACAAAAAGAAGAGAGAGAGAGACGCAAUCAGUCGUCUGACUGCCCGCCUCCCCUCCCUCCUCUUCUCUCCUCUAGGCGACGCCUUCCUUCCUUUCUCUCCCUGAGACUGCUUAUUAAUUCAUGAGCCGCCCGCAUCUUCGAAUUUUCCCGGAAAAUUAUUCAGUCCCUCUCUCCAGCUCCAGGCAGAGCAACAACUCAUCCCGUCGACUUUCUCCCUUUGCCCACUCCUCCUCAGUCAAAUCUCCUGUCAUCAGUUUCUGCGUCUCUGGUCGGCCCCGAAGGUUGAGCGGUCCGAAGAAGCUCAGAAUGGCUCCUCCGAUCCUUUCUCUGGCUUUGCCUUCCGAGACGGGUCGAGUCCUCAGCAUUCAAUCCCACACUGUCCAGGGAUAUGUUGGCAACAAAUCGGCUGUCUUUCCUCUUCAAUUGUUGGGCUACGAUGUAGAUCCCGUCAAUUCCGUACAGUUCUCAAACCACACAGGAUACCCAACUUUCAAGGGUCAGGUUCUGAAUGGUCAGCAGCUAUGGGAAUUGAUUGAGGGCCUUGAAGCGAACGAUCUCCUAUAUUAUACGCAUCUAUUAACAGGUUAUAUCGGUUCUGUCUCUUUUCUGGACACUGUUUUGGAAGUCGUCAAGAAGCUCCGUUCGGUGAACCCAAAUCUCGUAUAUGUUUGUGAUCCGGUGAUGGGCGAUGAGGGAAAGCUUUAUGUCCCACAGGACCUUGUUUCAGUCUAUCGGCAGAAGGUUGUUCCAGUAGCCUCAAUGUUGACUCCUAAUCAAUUUGAGGCAGAACUCUUGAGUGGAUGCAGGAUUGAGUCUGAAGCAGAUGGCUGGGAAGCUUGUAAUGCUCUUCAUGAUGUUGGUCCAUCAAAGGUGGUGAUAACAAGCAUAAACAUAGAUGGGAAUCUUCUCCUCAUUGGUAGUCAUCAGAAGGCAAAGGGUCAGCCUCCCGAGCAGUUCAAGAUUUCAAUUCCCAGAAUACCUGCAUAUUUUACGGGUACUGGAGAUCUUAUGACCGCACUUCUGCUCGGAUGGAGCAAUAAAUAUCCCGACAAUCUUGACAAGGCAGCAGAGCUUGCAGUAUCAAGUUUGCAGGCUCUACUUCAGAGAACUGUCAAGGACUACAUAGCUGCCGGCUUUGAUCCUCAAACUAGCAGCUUGGAAAUUCGACUUAUACAAAGCCAAGAUGACAUCCGGAACCCUCAACCCAUUUUUAAGGCAACACGAUUCUGUUAGAUACGUCGAAUGUUUUAUUAAGUCUCACCAUAAAUGACUGGAUAAUUUCCUUGUAUUCAAUUCGAAAAGUUCAGAUUUAUGGCAACAAAAAAAGUAAAGAUAUCUUUGUUCUUCCCACC